AUGAAGUUACUUUCGGUGCUGUUUGCACUAAUCUGCAUCUGCAGCUCCGUGUCUGCACAAGUUCGUCAACUCGGUGGAGCAGAUGCGUCGGUCCGUCAGUACCCGUUUAUGGCAGGUGUAGCAUUCGCCCGUAAGCUCGUCGGAAAUGGUGCAAUCAUUGCACCGAGAUGGGUUCUAACCUCCGCCAGUGCCGUAUAUGCACCGCAAGACAUCCUGUUCGAUGUGCAGGUAGGUGCGGACAGCUUCCUCGGUACCGGGAGCUGGUACGAGGUGUUACAGAUCUACCGACAUCCCGAGUUUGUCGGUUGGGACUACAAUAUCGCGCUGAUACACUUGAAAGGCCCAAUCACGUACACCGAUACGGUGCAACCGAUCGCGCUGGCCACCACGGAUAGGGACUAUCUCGAGGUCAUAAUGGUUUCUUACGGGACCAAUGAGGAAGAUACGCAGCAUCUACGGGAGGCUGCGUACACCAUAUCCGCAGACGACGAGUGUGUAGCGUUCCUGACGGACGGUUUGGCAAAAGAAAUGGUUAUACAGCACCGUGGUUACUGUUUACUGCCGUACCGUGGCGCACAGCAGGGACAGUGGUUUAAUGAUGCGGGUGCACCGGUCGUUGCCAACAAUCAACUGUACGGAGUGUUUGCGUUUUCCGAGGACGAGGGAGGCAUUAACGAAGGGUCGGUUGUAACACGCGUUAUCAGCUUUGCGGAUUGGAUUCAGAGUACAAUGGUGGCUCAUAGUUGA